AUGCGAUCAUUCGAUGUAAAAAUUCUCGAAGCUUCAGUUAUAGCUAGGAAAAUGCAAAUGCGAAGCAGUUUUCUGAGUUUGGAAGAUCAAUCUCUUGGUGUUCCCGGAAAUGCAGGAUUGAAAGAUCAGACUCUCGCACUGAAGUGGAUUCAGAAAAACAUUCAUAAUUUUGGAGGAGAUGCAAAUAAUGUGACGAUUUUUGGAGAAAGCGCUGGGAGUGCUUCUGUUCAUUACCUAACUUUGUCACCCCAGACUAAAGGUCUAUUUCACAAAGCGAUAAUGCAAAGUGGAUGUGCACUCAACGGAUGGGCAAGAGGAAAAUCGAACUUCUCCUACAUCGCCAAAAUGAUGGGCUACAAAGAUACAGAUGAAAAAACAGUAUUUCAGAAACUAUGCAGAGCCAGUACCAGGAGUCUGGUCAAUGCACAAUUCAAAGUUGAAGAUGUAUAUGUAGUUGAUGAACUCUUUGGAGCAUACGGCCAUACUAUCUUACGUUUGCCCCCAUAUUACUGUGUUUUCAACCCCAUUGAGAUGGUCUGGGCUGCUAUUGAAAGCAAAGUACGUAAGAAUAACCAAUCACCGCAAUUUAGCGAGUCAGUUUCAACCACCAUCAGGACAGUAGUCAAUUCAUUCUUCGCAAGUAAUAUACGUCCAUUUGGACCAGUCAUUGAAUAUCUCCAUGAAGGAGCAUUCCUCACCGAAAAUCCUGAAGUCAUACUGAAAUCGGGCAGAAGUCACCAGAUACCAAUGAUAAUGGGUUAUAAUUCAAUGGAAGGAUUAUUCUACGAGGUGAUUAGGAAAACCAGGGCUGAUGCCAAUUUACCAAAAACAUUGGAGAGAGACAUACCACACGAUAUGAACAUCCCUCAACAAAGCGAAAAAUCACAACUCGUUGCACAAAAAAUCAAGGAGUUUUAUUACAAGGAUGAAGAUAUCAAUGAAGGAAAUAUCAAUAACAGAUACUUGCUCGUGAGUGAUUCUCAUUUUGUCCACGGCAUCCAAAAAUCAGCUCUACUCCAGAAACUUCACGGAACCACUCCAGUAUACGUCUACAGAAUGAGUCUUGAUAGCUCCUUGAAUUUCUUCAAGAAAUUCUGCGAAGUGAAGUAUUUCAAAACCAUGAUAUUCGUUACGAUGCUAACCAAGUUAUCAGGUAAUUCUUCGCUAAAGAACGUUUUCCAGAAUCUGAACGAAAAGCUCCCAGUCAAGAAAGUGAAUGGAGUUGCCCAUGCUGAUGACCUAUUCUACUUAUUCUCCACCUUCUUCUCGCCUAAUAUCACCAUAGGUAGCGAAGAAGAUAAGAGUAUCCAGAAAUUUGUGAAGAUCUGGACGAACUUUGCUAGAACUGGAAAUCCCACUCCUGCAUUAGAUACAUCUUUGGACAAAUGUAUCUGGAAACCCAUAGAAGGCGAUGCUAUCGAUAAGAUAUUCGAUAUUAACAAAACUAAUACGUUGACAGAUAAUUUGGAGCACGAAAGAGUGAAAUUUUGGGACAAUCUCUAUGAGACCUACGCAGAAGCCGUUUGAUAUAUUUAAUAUUUACAUUUUUUUACCAUCUCAAAGAUGAUUUUGCGUACCUAAUAGGAUCAUCGAUUGUGUUUCAUAAUGUGAUUCAAUAAGUAUUUUUCUAUAAUUAAGUUAGGUUAUCGAAACUUUUAUAAUAUAUUUAUCCCUAGUUAUUAAUGAAAUUGGAUUUAUGGGCGUAUUAUUAUUAUUUUAAGUGCUGAACAAUUAUUCAUAGAUCAUCACAUUGUAUAAAAAAACGCUCCACAUUGUCAUUGGAGGAGAUCAGUUAUCAAUCAUCACUGUAGUCUAUUAGACUUUUGGUGGAAAUAUCUUCUUCAGAUUUCGUCUUUAUAUAAGUAUGUAGGUACAGCGUAUGCAAUUCGAGACCAACUCGGAAAAAAUACAAUAUUGAAUUGAGACAUUAUUCGAGUGAGAUUGAACAUAGUUUUAUGAGCCCUCAAAUGAAGUUUGUAGAAAAAAUAUUUUGGUAUUAUAAUGAAGUCUUGUUCAUAAGAAGCUAUGAUGAUAACAUAAUAUCCUCCGAAUUUAAUUUCGAGUUGAAGAUCAGUAAAAUGACACUUUUUCAAUCACUCCGUCAUUCUCAGAUUUAUUGCGUGUUAAGUUUUGGGGAAAAUCAUAUCUGAUGAAUAGAUAGUUACAUUAUUAUUCACUUCUCAGAUCAAAUAUGUGAAAUAGUCAAUUACGAGAUAUUACAAACAUGACUACAUCGACUUUUCCGAUUUUUGUUACAAUUUCGAAUCCUUUAGAGCUUUUUAUAAUUCUUUGUCUCGAAUGAUGGCACAUUCAAUUAAACUGCAAAUCAUAUCAUGAAAAUUAGUUCAAGUACCUCACUCCCUGUGGAUAAUCAAUUUUCGUUUUCCGUAAUUAAGUUGGUUUUUUCGCUCGAACGAUGAUUCAAUUGUGUGAAUUAUUCUUCAAUAACCUUUCAUGUGAAACCCAUAUGACAUAGCACAACAUUGGCAACUAUUGUAGUGUUCAAAUAUAUAUUUGAGUCAACUUUAUUCAAAUAUUUAUACAAUGAAGAGAGAUUCUCUUGAUGAUAAUAUAUAAUGUUUGCUGGAUUGGGACAGGGUAUUCAAUUGUGAGAUUUUAUCUUGAAACUUUCCGAUAACUUUGUGGGUUUCAAGAGCAUGAACAUAAUAUUUUGUAGUUUCAGGUUUUCUGAUGAGUAUUGCUCAUAUAGGCUUCUAGUAGAACUCUUUUACUUCGAUGUAUUGUAAUCAUUUCGGAGCAUGAAGUUUGCGAUGUGACAGUGGAAAAGUCAUCAAUGAUGGCAAUCACUGAUAACGCCAACAAUGUACAAAAUUUUGGCGUAAAUUUUCGUCCAGAGUUAUAGAGAACUUUGGAAUUGAAUACUUCCAUUGAAUACCCUGUAUCUGCAACAUAUUCAUGAGGCAUGUUCGGCUGAAUCUUCAUAUUCUGGUGUUCACUAUCUAUAGUUAUGGGAUUGUCAAUUCCUAAUGUAUCACCCUGUAUUUCAUUACAAUUAUUGUCAUAGCGAAUCUCAGUCGACAAGUAGUAUAUUGACAAAAAGAAAAUAUUUUUCAUGAUUAGAAAUAAGUAUAUCAUACCUACAUCAUCAGAAAGUUGAAAAGUAUGUAUUUUGCUCUUAUGGGUUAUCAUUCUCUUGUGCAUUCUCAGAGAUAAUAAGAGAGUGAUUCAUGUCAAAAUGGUUGAACACAUAAGGAAUUCAGAAGUUUGAGUAGAUACAAUUUAAAUACUUCUCGAAUGCAACAUCGCUGAAACCUCUUGUAAUUUGGGUUCAUAUUUCUGAUGUUUCUCAGAUGACCAUCUGCUGGAAUUCAAUGAUUAAUAUUGAGACAAAACAGUGCAUGAUUAUUCAGCAUGAGCAACAUAUUUCAGUGUAAUAUUGAAAAUACAUUUAUCAUUCAAUAAUUCCUUCUAUUCUGUAAUCCAAUAUGGCUUCGUUAACAGUCAACAGGAGAAGAAGACGUGUAUCGUCGUGACAUAUCUCAAGUUUUUUGUUUUUUACAAGACCUAGGUUAUUAUCUGGCUGAUUUUGAUAGAUCACAUGUAUAAUAGGUUCGUAUUAUUAUUUAUUCUCAAUAAAAUAUUGAUAAAUU